AUGGAUGAACGGCGUACUUCCGCAAUCGACAGCCCGGUCGACGACGGGCAUCUAGCUCUCCCUGCUGCGUACGCCAUCGAGCCUUCGGCUGGAGGACUUGAGGCCUUGAUGAUUCGGGUUACACGCGGACAUUGUACUACUGUACUUAGCGGCGCUUUGGCAGGCUCAUCAAAGGCUCCCGACGACGCGGCAUCUCCUCGCGCGUCGCGGAAAUAUGUGCUUUCCAACUUUGGGCCCCGACCGCCACCAUCACCACCAAUAUAUUUCUUUCUUUCAACUGAGUACACGAGCAAGGAUCCCGACGAUCAAGACCCCGCGAAGCCCUCGCAUCCUUUCAGACAAGCUGGCACGUCGCCGACUUAA